AUGCCCACCUCGCCUCCGCCCCUCUCCCCGACACCCCGUCGCUGGAGAGCAAACACAGGCUCACCUCACCCCGACAUUGCGUCCCUCCUCAACACCUUCGAGCCAAAAGGCGACUCUGCCACCAUCACCCUGCCCCCCUUGCCCCCAUCUGAAUCGUCCUACACCCAGAGCUCAGGCUCCUCCAACUGGGCCACACCCAAAACCAGCGCCACGAGGCGCACCCUAGAGCAGAGGGGGGAUGAGGAGGACGAGGAAGAGGUAGAGUAUAUGACCACUUCUGAUAGCCUCGAGCGAGACACGCCCGAUAUUAGGACCACCUCGCCCUCGCCCCAGCGACCCCUCGAGUCAUACAGGUCGGACGCCACGCUCAGUCCGCUUCUGGCGCCUAGUCGCGGUCAACUGUUUGGCGAGGACGCGUCUUCCACUUUGGGCAAAGCCAACGCUCGAGCCAUUCCGCGAGAGCAGACCAGCUCGAACAAUUCCGGGACGGUGACGCCCACAAACCCUAUACCCCCUCAAGUCACUGGCCAGUCUACAGCGACCAUCGACGCCGCUUAUGAUGGCGUCUUUUCACAGCUCGACGCCCUCGCUGGUGCCGAAACCAAGUCUCCUCCUCGCCCGACUCACACCCGAGGCGCAUCCGACCCUGGUUCCAACGUCUGGCAGCCAACGCCCCUCCGCCAGCCGCUUGUCGGGCUUGGCCUGAAUCUUCCCGAGGAAAGGCAGUAUGGCGCGUCAGAAUUCUCUAGACUCUCGACAGUCAGUGAAAGGACAGAGCGGAGUGCAAUGACAGGCAUGAGCCAUCAGCUCAGCCCUACCGCACCGGGAUCUUUCCAUAUACGCUCUCAUUCCGACGCCAGUGCAGCAAGAAAUCCUCUUCCACCCAGUCCUUCUAGACCUCCGCGCACGACAGGGACACCUGGCGCUGGAGCUCCAGUUACGCCUAAAAAGACGAGCGACCUCAUCAAGAUGUUUGAGAGCAAGUCUACGCCUGGAAAGGGCGAUGUACCGGCUGUGCCCCAGCCUACUUUGGCGCCGUCCCGUGCUCCGCCUUCCCCUUCCCCUCCGUCCCGCCCCCCUCCGACGCCCAUCAAAAACGACCCCUUAUUCAGCCCUCCUACACUCUCCAACCCACCCCCUGUUCCCACUUCUUCUAAACCCACAACAGCCCCCACUCCACCGCCUAAAACUGGCACGCCAUUGUCGUCAGUCCGCACCAUGAUUGCUUCUUGGCGCUCUAAAUCUAGUGCUGGCUCUGGCUCGGGGUCUGGUGGCAAGCGCCAGGCAAACUCGCGCGAGAGCUCCCCGGGUCUUUCGAGAGGUGGUGAUAAGGGGUGGAACGUCAGUAUUAGGAGGAGGAAAAGACACGAGAAGGAGCUGGCGGAGAGGGAGGCGCAGGAUCAGGCCGAGCAGGCAGAGAAGGAUAGGAAGGAGGCAGAGUUUAUGAUGUCAGAAGAAGAAGCGAAAGAGGUAUCGGCGGAGGAAGAACAGGUGCCCAGAAGGACCAGUUCGCUCAAGUCUUCGAAAAGAUCUGCCUCGGAGCCGAAGCAGCUCACCGGUGAUCUUAUCCGGUCAGGCCCGCUAUACUAUCUCAACGUCCACGAUGAGACCAAAGACGAGUUUGAUUGGGUUCGGACUGACGGUAGGAUGUAUAACGAUGGGAUAGAACUUUCUUGGGUCACUAGUGGACAGGGGACUGCGAAUGUGACACUCGAUCUGGAGAAUUGCGAUGAGGUUGCGAGUACGUAUAGUCCGAACAAUCCGAUGGCGAAAGAAGAUCUCGGAGCUGUUGCUGCGAGGAGACAGGGCGAGCUGGCCGAUAACCUCUAUCCGUUUAAAUUGGUGUACGAUGACGGAGUCGAGCGCCUUGCCUGUGACAGUGCCCGAGACAGAGUCCGCUGGGUUAACGCCAUUUGGACCGUCCUCGAGCAAACCCGCGCUCCUACGCUCGACCGCGACAUGUCUCUCCGCGCCAACAGGUCAUCCUCUGACCACGCCAGCGAUACUGGCUCUUCCUCCACCCACUUUGCCACUGAUAGACCUCAUCCUUCGCCUCACAGCAGUGCUUCUCAUAACCUGUAUACUACCGACGAUGCGGUGAUCGAGACUUCUGGCGGUCUUCAUGCUCCCAUAGUCCAGCGGGGUAGUCGAAAGCUCGCUGCUCCAGGUCUGGAGCGGGUCCAGUCCUUACGAAGGGUCGCGAGCGAAGCAGACCUCCGGGAUUCUGCCAGCGAAAUCUCUAUGCCUGUGACCACGACUACUCACGAUCUGCCGCUUACAGCCGCGAAUGCUCAAAGGCCUACCGUACGAGACUUUACAUUUGCCAGGGGCAUCAAACCCCCCUCUAUGGCCUCGGAGGGUGAAGCGGCGAGUACGUGGGAUACACCCAUGCAAGGUGGUGCCACUUUGACCCCCGCUUCUAAGUUCCACUCUCUCGAAGGGUCUAGUCGUCAAUCAGCCCCAUCAGAGUCGGUAUUCUCUCCCCAUACGCCUGCUUCGACGUUUCCAAGAGCGCCGCCCUCGGAGUCGGCUUUUACUACUGCUUCGACUUUUCGCGAGGAGCCUCCUUCGGACUAUACCACUCGAGCGCCCUCUUCUACUCAUGGCGGUACAAUGUACACCGCUAGACCGCCUAGUAUGGCUGCAUCCACGCCUGCUUACACGGCGGCGCAGUUGCCUCCUUCAGAAAAGAGUACUGCCCAAGUUCCGCCUGGGAUGCCUCCCAUGCCGUCUACAGCUACUACUUCAACGGGCCAUGGCUCUAGUACGCUAUACACAUCAGCAAUGUUGUCGACGCCGGCUUCGUCUCGGUCAGCGCUUUCAAUGAAGACCGCCCGGCCUGGAAAGGACACCCCAAGAGUAGCCGAGCAGAUACUCGAAGAGCCCGUCUCGGAGACACUGAGCCCGGCUACUACUUUUGCCGAACCCAGUCCUUCACUGACCCCCGCUUUCACCGCUCGACAACUUGCCACACCUACAGCCAUCCUAGCCCCUGGGCUAUCCGAUGUGGGCACAGAAGGAUUGACCACAUCCAGCCAUACAGCUCGACCUGGCACAUAUGCUGAUACUGCCCCGCCAGCUAGCAUAAACCGCACUGCAGACGCGCCUUUCACUCCUGGUGCAACAGGUACUUGGCGCGAGCCUAGUGAUAUGCAGACUCCCCAAGCUGCUUCGUCUAGGGUCCGAGUCGCAGUCACGGGUGCUUCUCCUAGCGAAAGAAGCGUUGGGACAGCUCGGCUUGCAGCUAGCGAGCGCCCUGCUUGGACAGCCGAGCCCGGUACGCCUCAUAGAAACGGUCAGGCAUUGUCUUCUGCUGGACUUUCUGCUCAGUAUACGACUGCUCCUGAUGCUACAGACUUCCAGUCGGUAGAAAACCUGCCCAGGGCCAGUAGUACCUAUACUGCUGCUGUCACUGGGACGGCAUCGCCUUUGCAAACUCCCAAGGCUCUUGUUGAGAGGCCAAGCUCUCGUUCUUCCAAGUCGAGCGACGUCUCUUACCAGUCGGCGCCGCCUCCGGUCCCUUCCCGGGAUUCGCAAUACUUUACCGCCUCGAUGGGCCCCAGCUCGAAAGCGAGCUCAGGAAAAGCACCUAGCAUUCCUGCUGACACUCCGCGCUAUCAGCUGUACGACGCUCCUGCCCCAUCUUUCAGUGAACGUCAUUCUGGCGCUUACGAGUAUGCCGCUCAAGGGGACGAUCAGACUUUUGUAACCGGUUUACAGCCUCCGCCUUCGAAUCGGGAUACCUUCUAUGUGACCGACAACAGAUCCAGCUUUGUGACUCCGACGGCCCCAUAUGAAUAUACCGACGCGAGGUCGGAAGCUCGCUCUACUGCCUCGCUCGAGACAGCUCCUAUAUCCUCAGGAAAAAGUCCUCGCUCGUCCCAGUGGCAGACAGCCCCGCCUCCUCCCAUCUCCCACGACGCUCAGUCUAUUGGGAAGAAUACGCGUGACGCGGAUGUCACAACAUCCCGGCGAGAAUCAAGAGCAUGGACACAGGUUAGUCAUCCCGAAUCGGAUGACGAGAUGCUGGCCGAGCUCGAGAGGCGGUCCAGUAAUGGUAGUGCUGCUUCGAGAAACAAGACUCUCUCUAUACCCGUGCCUCCUAUUGCGUUCUCUGUCGCAAAGGAGUACUCGGCGUACAAUACAAUGCGAGAGAGUGUAUAUGCCCCACCUGCUUCUUGGGACAGCCCGCGCCUCCAAUCGGGCCUUUCGCAAGCAACGCUGUUCUCUACUGCUCCCGGCAUAACCUCGUAUUACACUACCAACGAACCCGUGGCCACUCCGCAGCCUCCGCAAGCCAGUAUCUCUACGGCGUCCUCGGUGGCUUCCCCCAAAAAGAUAGCCCGAGUGCCACCACCACCAGUUGAAGUGGUACAGCCCCCGCCCCCUUCUCCGACAUCUCAGACUGCUCAUUCUUCUUCGACUUCUUCAUACACGACUACAGACUCAAGUAGGACGGUCCGAGCGCAGGAGAACACCGAUGUCCUCCGCUUUCUGAAUUUCUUGCAAGGUCAAGAGUUGGCCAAAUCUGGCCAGGCUACUCGCAUAGGCAACCAACUCGACAGGAUUGAGCGUGGUGUGACAAAGAUUGCCGAGAACCAAUCCGUCAUGGCUCGAGACUUGGCGCCUCCGCCGGUCCCUCCCAAAUCCGCUGACGAUGAGACCACCCCUCCCUCGUCUCCUGCUUCAUCGACUUCGUCUGUCGAGACGGCACGUCCGGUUACUCCGCCUCCUCUUUUACUCCCCGAGGUGGUAAACUCACAAUUUGACGACCUGCGAAACCUCCUGGGUACGCUCAUCGGUCGCCAGGAAGAUAUUUUGGGUCGCCAGGAGCUUAUGGCGCAGGAGAUUGCCCGGGGAAGAAACCUCGCGGUUGAUUUUCCCGAACGCGCACCUGGACUGAUGAGGCUCGAGGACUUGCUCAAGCGAGUCCUGAACAAGGUCGGGGAUAGCGAGUUUACCGACGAGUACAUGUCUAUCCAAGACGAAAAGAUGAGCGCUUAUACUCGCUCAAUGCUUUCGACGCCAAAGACUAUGGGUACCAAGGAUGGCUCUCUCUACGAUGGUAGUAGCAGUGUCUACUCUGGAGAGUUCGCUGGGCAUGGAAGACGUGCUCCUGCCAAUAGUGUCACUUCGGAGCAAGAGCGCCGAAAUCGGCCGCUCAGUGGCAUUUCCGACUCUCUUCUCGAAGGACAUCUGGGCUCGCCAGACUUUGACGAGGACUUUGCUCUCUCAGGUCUACCCCCCGACACUCCCCCGCAAGAAUUUGUCGCUAGGCAGCUGCAUGGCCCCCCUACCUUCUUGCACCGCAAUCCUCGACAAGCUCCUCAGGUGGCUACUCCUUUACAACAGCCUCGCGCUCAACAGACUCCUCAGCACGCUCCUAUGCAGGAAUAUCAGGAAACCCAGUACUACCAAGAUGAGGAGUCUGAGCAAGAGCCUGAAGAGCCCAUGACCGAGUAUGAGCCUUCUGAAGCCCCGCUCGAGCGUGAAGCCACCCCCGUCCCGAUUCCCAAGGACAUCAGUCCCCAAAAGUCGCCUGUUCAACCUCCCGUCCCAUACCGUGCUGAAGAUGAUUAUCAAGAUGACCAACGGCCUUUUGAAGACGAUCAGUAUGAUCGAAACCCCACUCGACAGCUGCCCACACCACAAAAACUCGAUCUUCCAACUCCAGUCAACUCUCCUCGGACUAUGCCACCCCAAUCUUCGCAACCCGGUCCUUCCAUGCGCCCGCCUUUCCCACCCGGCCCUGGCAUGUUCCCUCCUGGUCCUGGUAUGAGCGAAAUGUCUAGACCUUCUUUGCCUAGGAUUGCCGGUGUUCGAGACCCUAUUUCUACUACUUACUACCGACGAGGGUUCCCCCCUGGCCCCAUGGGAAUGGGUAUGUUCCCCGGCCCUAUGGGUAUCCCUGGUCCUGGUAUGGGUCCGCAUAUGCCUGGUCUUCGUCCCGGUCUCAACGGUUAUGGUGGCCCGCUCGGUCCUAACGUCAAUCCUAGUCUUCGUCGUCCCGGCUUCUUCCCUCCUGGUGUCACCAGUACUACUGGCGAUUACGGUCUCCCUGCUGCUGCUUAUCAAGGCUUGAACAACGCCCCAGGCGGUCCUGAUGCUCCACAGGGUCUCGCGCCGCCUAUUCCUCGUACGCACCUCUCGAGCACGUCUGACACUGGUCUUGGUAAUACGACAACGGAAUCUACGGUCUCUACGGUCUCUACACCUUCUGUACUCACGGAAGAAAUCGUCACCCCGGCUACUGCGCACACGCAUAUGACUGAACCUGUGCACGUUUCUGUGACUACGACUGCACCCCCUACACAAGCCGCGCCUACUACGCUUGGUGCCUCUACGACGGCUCUUCCUUCUACCCCCGGAUCUAUGACAGACGGUAUGACCGCGUCAGAAAACGAAGUUAUUAUGACGGACAGUGGUUCGGGUGAUAUUUUGGACACCGCUAUGGCUCUUGCUCAAGGUGACCAGCAGAAUGAAAUGUCCCGCUAUCUUCACGGUAUGAGCGAUCAGAUCGCGGAUGGCACGCAUGCUACUCAGAACCAACUCGGAAACAUCUUGAACGACAUUGCUGCUCUUCGUGAGCAGCUCAAGCCCAAGCAUGUAGCUGCUCGAGUCCUUUCGGAUGGUACAGUGACAUUGGACAAUGGCGAUAUCAUCGACGGCAUCAGAGGAGUUCCUGCCCCUACCAUUCCCGGUGCUCCUUCCCUUCCCCCACCCCCGGCUACCGCAACCCAUGUAGAGGGGAGGAUAUUGCCUGAUGGCACGGUCAUGGUCGGCGGCAGGAUUGUCGAUGGUAUCAAGGGUGCUCCUUCUGCACCCUCGCCUUCUCUUGCCGCCGUCACAGCACUUGAGGAAGAAAUCAUAGAGGAAGAGAACAAAAAUCUGGAGCAAGAUAAGAAACUGGCCGAACUUCAAGAGAAGAUUGAGGAACUCAUCAAAAGCAGUGCGCCACAAACAGAGACCCGUAUAUUCGAAGAGGAAGAGGUCAUAUCCAUGAGGAACAAUGGUUCACCAGCUGUCGUCCCAACCGAAUAUGCUGCUACCACUCCUGGUGCCGCCUCUACUGUGCUGGGACCCUCAGCUUCCGUCGCUCCUGAAGGAUCUUACAUUCCUACCGCUUAUGGUCCAUCUGUCCACCCCACUGUUGCUGGUGCACCUCUCUACACCCCUGGCAAGUCAUCCCAGGAUCGUACCGUCAUCCGAGAGCGCGAGAUCGUUCGAGAAGGGCCACAUGGAAAACAGAAAGAGGUCGUAUUCGAAGAAGAUUUGGCCAGAGAGACUGGGACUGUUGCUCCCGGCGAUACUAUCGGUGAAUCCGUCUCCGGCUCCUUGCCGGCUGCGGGUACGGUAGCUCAUACGUUGCCUCCUGGUACGGUCGUGGCUGAGGGUAUUUUGCCUCCUGGAAGCGUGUACCCGUCGGCUCCUGGUACCAUGACUCCUGGUACAAUCGCCGGAAGCGUUCAUCCAGGUACUACAAUGCCCCCUGGUAGUGUACACCCAGGUACCGUCGCUCCUGGUACUGUCGCCGCUGAGGAUACUUUGCCUCCUGGAAGCGUCUAUCCGUCGGCUCCAGGUACUAUGGCGCCUGGUACAAUCGCCGGAAGCGUUCAUCCAGGUACCACAAUGCCCCCUGGUAGCGUACACCCAGGUACCGUCGCUCCUGGUAAUGCAGCUGGAAGUGCGGACCCUGGAACAGCUAUGGCGCCUGGGACGGUGGCUGGAAGUGUCUACCCCGGAACGGCUGCACCAACUGUCAUGGGAGAUCCGUCUGUCGUGGGAUCACCGACCCCGACCCGUAUCAACCCUAGAACUGGACGACCAUUGACGAUCCCUACAGCUCUCUCCCAGCAUACGAUGUCUCCUAUACAAUCAGAGUUCCAAGGUCCGCUCACUCAUCCCCAGCAACUCAUUCGAGAGGAGCACGAGGAAAUCAUUCACAGACCCACUGAAGGACGACCUCCUGUCACCACCCAUAAUACAAGUCGCACUUACACUCAACUGCCUCCUGGCGCUCAGCCUGCUGGGUCUGGCGGCAUUGUGCCGGGCAGCGUUGCCGGAACUGCGCUCCCAACCGGAGCACCACCCCCUUCCGCCCACCCGUCAGCUCCAGCCACAGUCUUCGCCGACCCUGCGGGCCAUCCGUCUGGUCCAACGCAUACCAUCCCUCCCAUGUCCGUUCACCCUCCGUCAAGCGACGCCGGCGUGCCCUUCGCGCCAGAUGUUGUCCCUGGCGCUCACUACUCUGACCACCAGAGUGUUGUCGCACAGCCGCCACCAAACAUUCCCGCCGAGUACAGCGCCCAUGAAUCAGCAACAGUGGCACCAGGACCUGUCCCAAUUGAUACACAAAAUGCCUCGAUCCAUCAUACCCAGCAUCCUGGUUCUUCUGCGGCCCACCCAACAGCGGCUCCAACACAACUGGGAGAUGCUCCUGCCCAUGCUCCCACUGAAGCUGCCAACAUUCCAUCUCGGGCUGCGACUGCGGCCCCAACCGUUGCCGCCCCAUCCGUUGCCGGCGGGGUUGCAGACCCACACACUCCCCCAUCUCACGCUCCCAGCAACGUUCCCAGCCAUCGUGCCGGGCCGGAAGUGUGGGACACGAACCACGCUAAGCCAGUCAGCGACAAGCCCACUGAGCUCUCCAAUGUUCCCACUGGCGAAGCUGCUGACCCGGCAAAUGCUCCUCAUGGUGCUGCAGCUACUCAUCCUCCUUCAGCGAUGGCCGACCCCUCUGUGGCUGCCUCUUCAGACUCUGCUAAAAAGAACGGAGUCCACUGGGGCGAUAGAAUGCCUACCAAGGACGUUCCUCUGGUUCCUGGACGAAGCCCAAAACCCUCAGCUCCUAGCCUACCCCCCGCCACAGAGCUGUCCAAUGUCCCCAAUGAGAGCGUCUCCGACCCUACCGACAAAGCUCUUCCGGCCGACCCAGCCAUUGCUGCAAGUCAGCACGGUGAUGAUGCUGAUACUGCCGCCCCUGCCGCCCCUGCUCACACCGGAGAGCCCCACACCAAGUCCCCACUUUCAGGCAUUCUUCGCAAGCCAGUGCCCGAAUCUGAACAUAGUGUCUCAACUGUUCCCGCCGACACCGCGUCUCAUCCUGAUCACUCCACCGUUGGUCACCCAGUCCCAACACACGCCGGCGACAAAGACACUGGAGUCUCCGAUACGGCGCACGUGGCUGGACCGCCCACUAUGGCUGAGCUUCAAAGUGAAGGUCGGGAUCUCACAGCUUACCCGGGAGGGCAGACCGUUCACGUCCCACCUCGCCCAGCUUCCGCUGCUUCACACAAUAAGCUCCAAAAGCGCUUCCCAGCUCCCGGUCAAGGAAGUAUGCACGAUCCCCGAGAGCUGGCUGGGAAUGCUCCUGUUGGAAGUCAUACAACACCUUCUCACGGUGACCACAAUUCCGCUAAAGAUCCGUCAGAGAUUUCUCAUGCUGCUGGUACCCACAAGUCUGAGGACAUUCCUAUCCUCGAGAAAAUCAUUCUACCUGAUGGCACAGAGGCGUAUGUGAGAAGUAAUCCUGCUACGACCCUCGGCCACUCAAGACCUGGCACGGCGUUGGCUCCUUCCAGACCAGGCUCUGCUAUGGCUCCUUCCAGACCAGGCUCUGCUAUGGCUCAUAACUACCCAGCGUCUUCUCAUCUUCAUGACGACCAUGACACUUCCCACGCAGAGAACCAUGAAGUCGCGCCACCUGGCACACGACCUCCCAGUGCUCUCACCGCUUCUACUGGUCAUCUGAAAAAGACCCCACCCGGUGUAGGCAGCGAUAGAGAUGCCCCCAUCGGUACCAUGGCCGACGCUCCCAAGUCGGAAGCGGGUGGCGCUCACAGCCAUGGCCCCAGUGAGUCUGAUCUGGGACGUGGUCACUGUAGUGUUUGCUGUCCUCAUGGUGCGCGAUUGGAGAACAAGAUUCCCAUAGAGGCCUGUGAGCAUCAGAACGGAGCUCUGGGUGACGCUAUCCCGGGAGCGACCAGCAAGCCCGCCACACCUUCUGGUCCCCGCUCUCACAGGUCUAUCGCCCCGACCAUCAGACCGCUUUCCACACAGUCUGUUCACACGCCUGCCUCCGAACACCCGCACCACCAGGAUGAGGUAGAUCCGUUCGAUAUGCACGACGGUACAGCCAGAGAGCCUUCGGUAGGAGGCGGGCUGAGCAAGGGAAGGAAGACACCUACUCUUUCUCCCGAGGAGGAGGCUUUGGAGGAUGCCAGAAGACUCGCUGUCAAACAGAAGGCAGCGGCGGAACAAGCAGCCUCAGAAAAGGCUGAAAGAGAUCUGAAGGUGGCUGAGAAAGAAGAAAAGAAGCGGCUGGCGGAUGAACGGCACGAGCAAAACAUGGAGGCAUUGGCCAAUCUACAGAAGAUGCUUUAUCUGUUAUCGUCCGACCACGCAUCUUCGAAAUCUUUGGACGGUGAGCGAGAACAAGAAAAGAAGAAGAGAAGAGAAGACAAGGCGGCGAGAUAUGAGAUCAUGGUCAAUGCCUUGGAGAAACUCAUGGGCGAUAGAGAGGAUGCAAAGAAGAAGGCUGUCGCGGACGAAAAGAAGCCCGGUUUCCAAGCAAUCUUGGAUGCUCUCAAGAAUUCCGGAGAAGGCCAAGCUGCCUUCCUGAAGAAACUUGCCACAGAGCUCAUGGAGAACUCGUCCAACCAACACAAAGAGACUCAGGCUGCUGUCAAGGCGUCCGCACGCGAGCAAGUCGGGUUCAAUGUUGCAGGAUACCUUGAUGAGUUCUCAAAGGCGUUGUCAAGUGAAGUCAGGGUGCUGUUGAACGAGGUCGGCAAUCUUCGCGAGUCCAGGAGGGCGCUCUACAUGGAACUGGCCGAGCUUCUGUUGAUGAAAAACAGACAGUCCCAGGGUGAUCUAAUAGCGCUGUACCCUAUGGACCCCAAGUUCAUGGAGAAGACAAAGAAGGAGGAGCCACCCAAGGAGAAGCCCCCAGCGCCCCCUAUGCCACCUCUAUGGCCUGGUUGGGGUCCACCCAUGCCCAUGCCCAUGCCUCCAAGCGUCCGUCCACUCCCUACUCCCAAGCAGCCACCACCUGCUGGCGAAGCCGCUCCCCCUCCCCCUCCUCCUCAUCCCUCUCAGUACAACCUCCCUCUCCCCACUGUAUAAGUACGCACUCAGUAGUUGUAGUAUAUAACGCGACCGGCAGAAAUAAUAGUUCUUGCACUUCUAGUACCAGCAUCAUGUCUAUACCCUCAUCCCAUCUUCCAGUCGUCUCUUGGGUGGAUAUAACGAUUUAUGAUAUGCAUAUAGAUUCGAU